AUGGCUAUGGAUGAGAAGAAGGUUAUACCAGUCACUUACAUAGUGUUGGUGAUGGAUCUUGAGAAGGUUAGGACUUAUCCUUCGGGUCUUUUAGCUUUUGACCAUUUAGUUAAGUCUAUUGGGAAGGCAAGAUCUAAAUUGAGGAACACCACAAGUUAUAUCCUCGAUGCUUUCUCAUAUGCACUUCAAAUAUGGGUUAUGGAAGCAAUUCCUGUCAUUGGAGAACUGUUGGGAGAGAAGAUUGAUAAGAAAUAUUUUGCUCGAUGUUCUAAUUGGAAAGGCUCUGCAAAAGUAUCAUAUGAUGAACUUAUUGUCAUAGAAAAGUCAACUGGAACAAAGGCUGUUGUUUACGCAUACAUUUCCUCCACACGAAAUUACGAUGUAUUUGACCACAUAGAUUUUCUUAGAGUUGAUGAAACAGAAGAUGGCAAAGUGGAUAAUUUGAAUGCCUUGGUUAGAAGUGGAUAUAAUUUUGGAGAUCAUAUUUGGGAAAGUUUUGAUGAUGUACUUGAUGAAAAUGCUGACGAUGUUGUAGUGUCUGAAGAUGAGAAUGUGAACACUCAACUUAGUGAUGAGGACAACGAAUUGUCUGGUUUGCAGAGUACUGAGAAGCAAACCGAUAAGGUUGAAGUGUCUGGUUUGCCGCCUAACUUAAAUCGCUCAUGUUGUGAUUGUGGUGUUUAUGCGCUGAAAUACAUCGAGUCUCACAUGCUUAAUCUACCUUUGGAUUUGAUCAACGAGGACAACAUAAGAGAAGCCCGUCUCAAGCUUGCUGUUGAUCUUUGGGCAGCAUCGAAAGAUCCUGUACUAAUUGAUCGAAUGGAGAAGUACGAACCUCAUAAUAAUUCUUCUGAUAUUGUAGACGUUAGUUGA